UCGGAUUUGUGUUGGGUGUGUGCUGUCGGUUCCUGUGUCCAGAGACUGAGGAGGGACGUCGGGAGAAAUAUCUCCGCCUGUGUUUGUCACAUCUGUCACCUCGUUUUAAAAACUUCACCUCAGCACCAGGCGAAAGGAGGAUGGAAAACUGUCCGAGCUAGUCCCCCCCUCCCGAAGACAAGACAAUUCUGGAGGAACUAGGGCUAAAACUGCCAGGUUAGCUUGCUAAAGCUAUCCACACAACAUUUCACAGCUUUACCCGUAGUUGAGACUUGAGUCACAUCGUUGAGAGCGAGGGAAACAGGAGCGAAGUGGAGAUGCAGACCUUCCUGAAAGGCCGAAGAGUCGGAUAUUGGCUCAGCGAGAAGAAAAUGAAGAAGCUCAAUUUCCAGGCCUUUGCCGAUUUGUGCAGGAAAAGAGGAAUAGAAGUUGUUCAGCUGGACCUCAGCCAGCCCUUGGAGGACCAGGGUCCCCUGGACGUCAUCAUCCACAAGCUGACCGAUCUCAUCUUGGAGGCCGACCAGAAUGACUCGCAGGCCGUCUUGCUGGUACAGAGAGUACAGGACUACAUUGAUGCCCACCCUGAGACCAUUGUCCUGGACCCCCUCCCUGCCAUCCGGACCCUACUGGACCGCUGCAAAUCCUACCAGCUUGUCCACAGGAUAGAGGGCUGCAUGCAAGAUGAGAGGAUUUGCUCUCCUCCAUUCAUGGUCCUGAACACAGAGUGUGGCCCAGACACACUGGAGCAGAUCCGGAAGCAUGGACUCACAUUCCCUUUCAUUUGCAAAACACGAGUGGCCCAUGGAACCAACUCCCAUGAGAUGGCUAUUAUCUUCAGUGAAGAGGACUUGAAGGAUGUGAAGCCUCCAUGUGUGAUCCAGAGCUUCAUCAACCACAAUGCAGUGCUCUACAAGGUGUUUGUGGUGGGGGACUCCUACACUGUGGUGGAGAGACCUUCUCUGAAAAACUUCCCUGCUGGACCAGCAGACAGGAAAGCCAUUUUCUUCAACAGUCACAACGUGUCCAAGCCCGAAUCCUCCUCAGACCUGACCUCUAGGGAGAAUGUGGAGGGCGUGUCCCAGCCACCCAGCGAUGAUGUCAUCAGAGAGCUGUCCAGGUCCCUACGGCAAGCGCUGGACGUGUCCCUGUUUGGCAUCGACGUCAUCAUCAACAACCAAACAGGCCAGCACGCCGUCAUAGACAUCAACGCAUUCCCCGGCUACGAGGGUGUCCCGGAGUUCUUCAAUGACCUCUUAAACCACAUAACCAGUGUGCUUCAGUCUCACAACCCCGACUGUCCCCCUGCCAGUGAGCAGCCCAAAGGCAUGGUGAGCACACAGACCGCUGGUCCCACCGCCCCGGGCUGCUGCAGCAUGCUGGGGAAGGAGGCCACCACCAGCCACUGGAUCGUAGAGGGCGACGGUGGGCUGAAGGGUCCCCGCCAGAGACUGGGCUGCAACUCAGCCAUGUCCCCCAAUUUCCAGCAGCAUUGUGUCUCCACGAUAGCUACCAAGGCCUCCUCUCAAUGACUGAUCCCCACCCCCUUACCUACUCUAUCCCUGAACAAAACCGGAAUAACGGCGACAAAAUUUAAUAAUAAUCAUAAUAAUUAUGACAUUAAUGAUAAUAAUAUAUCUGUAAUCAAAUCAAACUUUUUCCUAUGUAGAUAUUGAAAAUGAUGGUGAUUGGGUGUCAGCUUUUUCUCUCUGCCUUUUUGUAUUUUUGGUUUUGUCUAAUAAGACUUAACAGUACUGUAAUGUGAACUUUUGGAAACCUUUGCCUAAUUGCUGUUUUUUUCUUUUGUUUUUUGUUUUUUGUUUUUUUUUCUGUGUGUGUGAAUUCUGCAUUAUGAAAGGGUCCAACUGAGGUUGUCAAGGGGGAUGGCCAAUGUAAGGACUGAAGAACGAUGUGCUACUAUAUGUGCAAUUAGUCAUACCUUGAAUUGUAAACGGACGCGCGCACGCACACACACACACACACACACACAUACACACAUACACACAGGCACAUUCAUGAUAUGACGGACUGCACCGGCGUUGGCUGUGUCUGUAAUUUGAUCGAUACCACUCGAUCCUCAGUGUAUCUUUAAUGGAGAAAGAGGUGUAGGUAGGAGUGACAGAUGGGCUGAAAGCCUCCUCUGCUGGCCCGGGGCCGCCAUGUGGCCCUGACCUAAUGACGAUGCCGAGGCCUCGGUGGCUUUGCACACGAACAAAAUAGCGAGUGAGUUUGGGGUUGUGUUGGUUCCAACAAUUGUGAGGAGCUGUUUACUUUUUUUUUAAUUUUAUUUUCGCGUGCCAUCAACAAGACUUUGUAGUAAGUGUAGUGCGGAGCUGUUGGUUAGGUUGCCCACAGACACAGUAUCAUCUGGUGUAGAUGUUUUAUCACUGGUGCAAAGGAAAAGAUGAAGCUCUGUGAUCAUGUGACCAAAAUGUCUUUUGUUUAUGUUUUUUUUUUAGCAACUCUCGAACCAAUAUUUGUAGGUCUUUGAGUAUUGAAUCUCAGAAAGCACUUAGGUUCGCUGUAGCUUUCUUACAUGCAGAUUCGUGUCCUCGUAUCGGGUGCUGGUUUGGGUUGUUUCAGCGCAGAGAGACAGAAAUCACAUUCCGUUUGCACAUGCGGGUGUUUUGAAGAAUUCCAUUCAUUUCACAAUUCCGGGGACCCGGUGAGGUCCUUCACUCAGAUUACUUCACCGGUCCGUCAGUUUAUAUACAGACUCUCCGUGCAUCCUUGGUGUGUUUUUAAUAACGCUUUGGAUUUCCAACAUGAACAGACUACUUUUUUUUCCUUUUUUUUUUAAAGCAGCCCUGAUCUAGAGACAGGCUGACUCUAUAGUCUGUCGCUGUAAUCUGAAUUUUUUUGGGGGGGGGGUUCACUUCUGCCAUUGUCACUCAUUCAAUUAUACAUUCUGGGAUUUGAUUUUGCUUGAUUUUGAAUGGUAGAUAUUCCACUAAAAUCAAUGAAAAAUUACACAUUCUAGUUUAUGUAUGUAUAUUAAAUUCAUUAUGACUUAUUUUUAAUACCAUGACAUGAGUAAUUAAUAUUUUUGGAUCAUUUAGAUUGUUGGGCCGUAUCGACCCUGUCACCAGAUCUAAUUUCAGAUUAAUAUCUGGCACUGAUCAGUUUAAUUGAACAUGGUCAUUAAUUCACCCACAGUCUCUCCCUACACAUUCUCCUCCAGUUUAAUUCUCUCACCUGCCCUCCGUUCCAGCUGCUGUAUUUCUGUUAUUUAGCCCCAUUUGGGUGGAGGGGGGCUGGUAAUGUUAAUCCCUGUUCUUGCUCCUAAUGUUCACUGUGAGAUCUUUUUUUUUUUACUCCUCUUUUGUUAAUAUCCUUGUCCUGACAUCCACUAGAAGCAAACUUUAUUUUAUUGAGAUUUUAUGGGAGGAAGAAAAAAAGUUUAUAUAUAUAUAAACGAAGGCAAACGAUGUACUGACGUUUCGAACAAACUGUUGGAUGAUUUUAUCAGAGGAACUAGUUAAAACGCCAAGUCCAGUCUGGACAGCAGCCGUUUUGGGACAAAUGAGCUUCUCGUUGAUCUUUCGGUCUCCCUUCUAGCAUCUAGUGGGGAGAUGACUGCCAACCUGCCGACUUCAUUUAAAACCAACAACCCCUGACCUCUGACCCCUGACCCUGCUGCUCCUCUUGUCCCAGACAACACAUACAUGUUUGUUUUAGUUCUUUUUAUUUCAUUUUAUUUCUUCCAUCAUUGUCAGAGGGUCAGCCGGCAGUCAUCAUGUAUCCAUACAUCAUGUGAUGAGUAAUAAUUCUGUCAUUUCACCAGCAUCUCUCUGGGACUUUUUUUUUUUUUUUUUAAGGGAUACCAUUGACAUUCUCAAAACCAGUAGACACUUUGAAUAAUUUACUUUUGUGCUACAGUUUACCUUUAAAAUUGUUCUUUUAAUAUUUGUAGCCACGCGGUUUCAAUGAGGAAUUCUUGUAAAUUAACACAUUUAGUUUUAAGGGUUGGGGUUGAAAUAUUGACCGGUUAAACUAAUUAACUCCUUUUUUGAAAAUGUCACAGUAUCCUCGUAAUGCAGCAGGGUUUGGAGAACCUCUUGCAUCCCUCUCUUCCCCAAUCUAGGUGGAUCCUCACCUAGGAAAAGGGACCAAGAAGAGGGAUUGUACCUGUGUAUUGUGGACAGACUGAUAACUUUACACCACUAUACCGUAUGUCCUAUGUUGUGUUCUUCAUUGUGCUUCUACAUGGGAAAUAAAUGGUUAAUCCUA